UCUCGCUCCAUCGCUACAUACCCACCGCCCGGCUUGACAUCCAUCGCCCGCCACUGACACCCGCUCCCACGCCCGUCAUCGCCUAGCAAAACAUCACAACACAAGACCACACAACGCCAACAUGCGCUCCUCCAUCUACGUCUCGGCGGCUGCUUUCGCCCUUGCCUCGGCCCAGGGUGGCUCCACAUCCAUCGACGCCUUCCCCCAGACUGCCUUCGCCACCCAGACCAACUCCCUGGGCGUUGUGACUGGCAUGCCUUCGGUUGACACCUCGAUCCCUCCUCAGCCCAAUGUCUUCACCAGCAUCCCUCCUGUUGUCACGGCCCAGCCAGCCCCUGCUGACAUUCCUGCUGUUGGCCCUGGCGUCCACACUCUGACGCUUGCUGGCACCGGCACCGGCUCCCUGGUCAACUCGACCCGCACCAUUACUGUCAGCGCAAACAACAGCACCACCGUCGCUCUUGUCGCCUCUCCCACCUCCUCGGGCGCUGGCGCUACCGGCAGCGGUGCUUCGGGUGCUUCUGGCUCUGGCGCUUCUGGCUCUGGCGCCUCUGCCAGCCGCACUGGUGCCAACCGUCCCGACAAGACUGGUGCCGCCUCCAACGUCAAGGCUGCUGCCGGUAGCCUUGUCGGUUUCGGUGCUCUCAUGGCCGCUCUCCUGUAAACGCAGGCUUAAUUCUUGUCACGCUUCUUUUUUGACUUUUUCUUGGAGAGACUUUUUUUUUGCUUAGGACAUGUAAUGCCGUUAAGAUACCUUGGGCCCUUGCAUUUAGCAUUUGCGCUGUUAGUCGCACCGCAACAAACGUUUUCGGGAGUCUAGCACUGGCAUGUGCUUAUUGAUUGAUUGGAUUAAUGUCUUUACACACCUAUACCUGGACCAGCGGCUAUUGAGGAGCUGCCAGCCACGUUUUUUUUUUACCGCAUCGUUUUGGUAUUCAAUGCACCAUAGUAUUACGAGAUGAAUCGAAUCAAAAACAAUUGAAUACAAUAA